UCUUCUCUCAAACCAAAUUUCAUCUAAAGGAAAUUUCUUUUUGAAGUUUUUGAAACGAUGUCGUCUCCGUCGUCGUUUAGGAAAACCUCGUGCCUUUCACGGAGAUUAUCGAGGUCAUUAAGACUAUCGGCCAAAAAGGCGGCGUCAACAACAGUCUGGACCAGGGGGGAUCAGCCGGGGUCUUCUGAUUCGUCGCCGUAUUCUCCGGAGGAUGGAGGGGAUUCGUGGUCGACGUUGCUUCCGGAGCUGUUAGUUGAGAUCAUGGAGCGCGUGGAAGCGAGUGAAGAAAUGUGGCCCGAAAGGAAGAACGUUGUUGCGUGCGCUUGCGUUUGUAAGAAGUGGAGAGAAGUUACGAGAGAGAUCGUUAAGGCUUCUUCUCUAAAUAGCGGCAAAAUCACUUUCCCUUCAUGUCUUAAGCAGCCUGGUCCAUGGGAGUUUCCAAACCAGUGUAUUAUAAAGCGGAACAAAAAAAACUCAAUGUUCUUCCUUUAUCUUGGUCUUUCACCAUCAUUCAUCGACAAGGGGAAGUUUCUCAUGGCAGCACGGAGAUAUCGACAUGGUGCUCAUAUUGAGUAUAUUAUAUCCCUUGAUCCGAAUGAACUAUCUCAAGGCAAUAAUGCCUAUGUUGGGAAGUUAAGUUCGGAUUUUCUAGGCACCAACUUUAAAAUCUAUGAUAGUCAGCCACCACACAGUGAUGCAAAGCCCUCGAGCAUCAGAUCAAAUCGCAGAAUUGCAAGCAAGCAAAUCUGCCCCCAAGUUCCAGCUGGGAAUUUCGAGGUUGGGCAAGUGUCUUACAAGUUCAAUCUGUUGAAAUCAAGAGGUCCCAGGAGGAUGGUUUGCUCGAUACAGUGCCCUUUUCCCGAAGAUAUGGUCGAUGAAAAGCAUCUAGAUAACACGAAGAUGAAAAUGCCAGAGCAUGCUGCAUCCAGUCAUACAACUUUGAGGAACAAAGCUCCAAGAUGGCAUGAGCAUUUACAGUGCUGGUGCUUGAAUUUCCACGGUCGGGUAACCGUAGCAUCUGUGAAAAACUUUCAGCUGGCUGCAACUGUUGAGCAGAGCCAAUUGGGAGGAAAAGAAGAGGAAGAAACUGUUCUCCAGUUCGGUAAAGUAGGCGAUGAUACAUUCACCAUGGAUUAUAGGCAUCCCUUGUCAGCUUUUCUUGCUUUUGCCAUCUGCCUUGCAAGCUUUGGUACAAAACUGGCUUGUGAGUGAUUUUAUGUUGAUGUACUUUAUAUAUAUAUAAACAAGUAGUGCUACAUGUUUAAUAUAUUGUUUUUUAAUGUCACUCUCAAUACUUCUAGAC